AUGAUGCUCUCGCUCUAUCAGUCUAUAGGAAAAUACCUUGGUCCCAAAGUACAGGAGACCAUUUCGUCAGUAUCAACGCUCGGCAUGGCUCUUUACAACGGAUGGAAGAUGACCUUGGUGGUGCUUGCUGGACUGCCAAUAAUUGGGCUGGCUAAUCGGAUUCAACAGAACGAAGCUGACGCCACGGUGGAACCGGAAGGGGUCGAAGCACUCAUGAAAACAAGCUUCAAGAAAAUGGAAACAAUUUCCGCCCUUGGAAUGGAAAAUAAAUUCGCGAAGAAAUACAAGGAUGCAAUCUUCGAAAAAUAUAAACAGGCGUUGAAGAAGAUUAUUGCCAGUGGUUUUGCUUUCGCUUUGGGACAAGCUAUGGUGUUCUUCAUUUACGCAGGUGCACUUAGGUUUGGAUGUUACCUAAUCAGCAUAAGGGAUAUGGCUGCCAUUGAAGUUUUAGGAGUGUUAAUGACUGUACUGUUUGGUUCGUAUGCAACGUCAAGCUCACGAGCGCCGUCCCACGCGCAUGAAGAGAAUGAAGAUUCGCUGAACAGACUCUUUGACGACGAGUCACUAGACGUGCAAGAUCACAUUGGUGACAAGUUGGAUGAGGUUGAAGGAAACUUGGAGUUUAAACAUGUUGAACUUCCAGAUCCACUCCAUAACGACGCUCCGCUACUGAGCCAGCUGAGCGUGAGGGUCAGCAGUGGACAAAAACUGGCUAUUGUUCAACUGGACAGCGAUAAAGUGAAUCCGUUUGAACUUUUAUUGGAGCGUUUCUUUGAUCCUGUCAAGGGAAACUUGCUUUUAGAUGGAGCAGAUAUUCGCAAUCUGGAUCUUUCUUGGUUACGAUCCCAUCAUGCAGUAGUGUCCCAUCGAUGUUUCCUGUCACAUUACAGUAUUGCUGAGAAUAUUGCUUAUGGCGACAAAGGAAGACUCGUGACACAAACGGAAAUUGAGGACGCUGCCUAUUCAGCGUAUGCACACGAAUUUAUCGUGGAUUUGCCAAAGAGUUAUGAAACAAUUCCUGAUGAAGAUCAAAUCGAAUUGAGCGAUAGUCAGAAACUAAGGAUCGUUAUAGCACGGGCAAUUAUCCGAGAAUCGCCAAUCAUCAUUUUAGAUGAGCUGGAAGAAGAAGAUCAGGCUGUGACUGAUGCCACUGAUAUCCUUUGCCGAGAUAAAACCUGUAUCAUACUCACAAGACGGAGACAAACAAUUGAAACUGCAGACUACAUUAUUCUUAUUUACCACGGGCGCAUACUUGAACAAGGAAGUUUGAAUGACCUUCUGGAGCAGAGACGCUUGUUUUAUUUAUUAACAAAUUUAGCAGACGCUGACGAGUUUUAG